GUUCAAUUCUCUUAAACUACUUCUUAUAUUGAGAAAUUUUCCGCAGAAACCUAUACAUGCUUCUGUUUAAUUCUUUUAUCGGUUCCAAAAAAGAAAAAAAAAACCUAAAAUGUAGGAUGCCAAUGAAAAUUGAAACAAUUUUGUGCGAAUGUAUUAGACCCACGUUUUGGCAUUAUAGCUUUUUUUCAUGAUCUCAGAAAAAUUACAUAGGAGCCCGGAAGUCCCAACUCCCAUACUUUUUGCGUCUCCACUAACCUUCAAGAUGGGUAUAUGAAGACCACACAAUUAAAAAGGAGUGAACUUUAUCUCAAUAUCAUAUUAUAUUAAAUAUAAAUAUCCCACCAAAGAAAAAUAAAAAAAAUCUAAACUUGAUUUAGUUCAUCGAUGGCUCCUUCUUCCGUUGCAGCUGUAGGUUCAGAAACAGAGGUGUUCGCCAUUGGAAAACAUGAAACAAAGCUUGUAAAACCAGAAGACGAAAUCACUCCAAAGCCUUUGUUGAUAUUUACACCAUUAGAAGAAGGAGAAUUCCCAGUUCUUGUUUUACUCCAUGGUUAUCUUCUCUAUAACUCCUUCUAUUCCCAGCUCAGUCAUCACAUCGCCUCCCAUGGCUUCAUCAUCGUCGUUCCCCAGUUAUAUUCAGUCACAGGAGCCGAUGCAACUAAAGAAGUCGAGUGUGUAGCUGAAAUAACCAACUGGCUACCUGAAGGACUUCAAAAGUUCCUCCCAUCUCAAGUAAAACCAAACCUAAGAAAGCUAGGAUUGGCUGGCCAUAGCCGUGGAGGAAAAGUCGCAUUUGCCCUUGCUCUAAACAAGCUUAUAAACACGAAGUUAAAUUUGAAAUUUUCUGCACUGAUUGGAAUCGAUCCUGUUGAUGGAAUGGACACAGGGAAGCAAACUCCACCAAAGGUGCUCACUUAUGUUCCACAUUCGUUUAAUCUUGAAAUGCCUGUUAUGGUUAUUGGUUCGGGUCUUGGUGAAGUCAGGAAAAACCUUUUGUUCCCAGCUUGUGCGCCAAAAGGGGUAAACCAUGAGAACUUUUAUAGUGAAUGUUGUAAACCAGCUUGUUAUUUUGUUGCGAAGGAUUAUGGGCAUCUUGAUAUGCUUGAUGAUGAGACGAAAGGGAUUAGAGGGAAGACUACUCAUUGUUUGUGUAAGAAUGGGAAGUCUAGGGAACCUAUGAGGAGAUUUGUUGGAGGUGUUGUGGUUGCUUUCUUGAAAGCUUAUUUUGGUGGGGAUUUUAGUUAUUUAACGGGUAUAAACGAUGAUGGAAGUGCACCUGUUUUGCUCCAGAAGGCUGACUUUAUGCUUUGAAAAUUGUGGUGUAUUGUAGUAACUGAAUUUGGUGAACUUACAAAUGUUGAUGAUUUGCUAUCAAUUUUUGUUUAAUGGUGGAUAUCCUUUAAGACAUUGCCAAUUAUGCAUUUUGGAUUCCUUUGUUGCUUGUUUCUCUUGACACCUUUUUGGAAUCUUAUUUUUAACCGGAUAAAACAGACUUAAUGGCU